GUGAAAAUGCAUGAAAAUUCUGAAGAUUUGCUCUUAGACGCUUUUGGGGAAAAAACGCUUUUUUAAAAAGUUGUUUGACCUAGUUGGCACUCCGUACACAUACGGAAGUUUUGAUUUUUACUAUUGUGCACGUGUCCCGAGAUUCUGACGUGUAUUUUUGUACCUUAACAUUUUUUUUCGUGGUUUAUGGAAAUAGAAUAAAAAUGCAGCGAAAAAGAACACUAGCACAAAAAACAUCAGAAUCUGUUCCGCCUAGUUCGAAGAAACCUAAUAAAGGCUGUGAGGAGGGUUCUAAUCCUCGGUCAGAUGGCGGGUUUUGGGCUAGAGUUGUGUCAGCCGGGAAAUGGUUUUUUCUUCUCGUCAUUAUCCCGCCGGUCCUAAAUUAUUCAUCCCUGCAGAGAGAAGCGCUCUUGUUACAACCUGAAGGAGGGACGUUAAUUGACAUUGGCUUGGGCCAGAAGAUCUACUUGGUCUGCAAGGGACAAGGACGGCCAGUUGUUAUGCUGGAUGCUUCUACCGGUAUGUCUUCAGAUGUGUGGUACCAGAUACAGGAUGACCUGUCAAAAAUAACACAGGUGUGUUCAUAUGACAGGGUUGGACUGGGUUUCAGUAAACUACUGAUGGAGAACGAGACCACAGGAAUGGAGAAAGUUUGGAGGAAGUCAACAACAGGAAGAAUGGUUGAUGAUCUUCACCGCCUUAUCAAAGAAGCAAAAAUUCAGAAGCCCUUCAUCCUGGUUGGCUCAGAGCUGGGUGCUCUGAAUGGGCGAUUUUACAGUCACAUUCAUGACACUGAGGUUUCUGAUCUCAUUCUCAUUGAUCCAAUCCCUGAGGGCAUUUUCACUGAGGGCCUUUGGCAGGAGUACUGGUACAAAGAUCUGGUUCCAUCUCUUCAAGCAAUGCAGUUUUCAGCAGCCAUUGGCUUGAACAGAAUAUUCAUUAUUUUGGGAUGGAUGAAGCUCCCUAUUAGAGGUGAAAACAUUUCAGAGGAUUUAAUACAGCGACAGAAAUAUCUACUCAGCAACCCAGCUCACCAGAGCAGCUCAGUAGACGAACACUUCUUCCUUAAUGAGAGUGUGUCUCAGGUUAGGGAAAUUUCACAAUACAAACCGCUCUCCGGCAGAACGUCUGUAUGUGCGAUAACUGGUGAUUAUUUUGAUGAAUUACUCCCAGCCCAUCUGAAUCAAGCUAUAGCUAAGUUUCAGAAACAACUUUUGGCAGAGACUUACCCCCAUGCGAAACACAUUCAUAUCCCAGGGGCAGACCGGAAGAUGAUCUACAGAAAACCCUCUGAAGUAACAAAACAUUUAGUAAAAAUUGUAAAACAAAGAAAGCCUACACAGGAGAGUCAAUAAUAAUAAUACUGCUUUUUUAAAAUGUGAAUUACCUCUGUAGUUCGAGGCCAAACAAAUCAGAGAAGCUUGUGGAAUAUACAGAUAUAGUAUAUGUGUUUAUACAUCUGUACCAGAUUCUGUUGUUUUGUGUAGUCUGAAAACAAAUGUGGAAAAUUUCAGUUGCUACUUAUUUUUGGUAAAUUCAUUUUUUUAACUGUUCUAACAGAAGACAGUACUGUUAUUUUUAUUCGGGUGCAUGUGGAGAAUAAAUGGUUCCUUUUACAGCAGUCAAGUUUAUUUAAUUCCGAAGUUUGAAAACUUCUCCAAACAACUUUCAUUACAGGUGACAAAAUGUGGAUAUAUUGGCUUUUUGAUGUUUUCUUUUGCUUUGGCUGGAGCAACUCAGCUGGCAUGAUAGGGGUUUAAGCAUAUUCUCUCCACAACAUCUUUGCUCAGUCAGACAAAAUGCUAAAUGUAGGUGAAAGACACUCAACUCAAAACAUCUUUUGUCCACAGUUCAAAUAAAAUUGGUAGUUAUAAUAGGUAUAAUCUAUUUGAAUUUGAAUGUGUUCACCAAAUAUUUCUUGUGCAGUUUCAUGUGGGGUUUGUGUUCUGUAAAAGCAAAAAAUAAAGUUUAAAAGAACC